GAUGAAAUCAUGAUCGUCAAAAGAGUCUUCCAGUGAGGCCGUUCAAUGGCGAUUUAAGGCGCCCUCACUGCAUAACGUUUUCGACGUUCAUACUACUACAACCUCGCACGAUGUCUUCUCAGCCACAAGCUAUAGAGCCAGCUCAAGUGAAGAGAUCCGGCAGGUUCUAUUUCCAGGACCUAUUCAUACGCGCUGAAGAUACGCUCUUCAAGGUCCACCGUCAGGACUUCGAGAGCGGCUCUGAAGUGUUCAGGCAUAUGUUCGAGCUGCCCAGCGCUUACCCGAAAGACGAAGGCUCUUCAGCGGAGUUCCCGCUAGUGCUUGAGGGAAUCAGGGCAGCGGAGCUGGAGGACUUCCUUGCCGUCCUUUACUCAAGAUCCUCCAAUUCCGCCUCGGCGCCGAUGUCUCUGGAACGGUGGAAGGCGGUCUUCAAGCUCGCGACGAUGUGGGACUUCGAGGGCGUCCGCACGCAGGCGCUGAGCGCGUUCAAGGAGCACAUGCGUGGUGCAAACAGCAUGGACACCAUUCUCCUCUACCAGGAACUCCACCUAAACAUAGACGAGGACUUUGUCCUAGCUGCGCAGAGCAUCAUCGAGAGAGAGGAAGAAGUCUCGUGCAACGAGGCGGAGAAGCUGGAGCUGGGGACCAUCAUGCGGCUAUGGAAGGAAGAAAUUAUUGCUGAAGACUAUAAGAAGCAUGGCAAGGGCUACGAAGGUACAGGCGUGUUUGUUGACAUAGAUGAUAACGAGGAAUUGGAUGCUGUGGACGACGUUGGGUAUGGUGCGGGCAAUGUUGGAGAUGGUUUCGAUGACGAAGGGCCUGCAAUCCUGUCUGCACCUACUACUGGUGGACCUGGUGGACCUGCGGCCAGUCCAUCCAAUGAAAGUGAUAUGUAG